GAUAGCUUUUCCUUUUACCUUGGCUGUGUUGUAGCACCUACGUUCUUGAAAAAUGCCUGCUUUCAAUUUCUCGACGACUGGGUCCGAAGUAGUUGCUGCAUUGCCAGAUCGAGUCACUGGGAAGACAUUUGUUAUCACUGGAGCGAGCCAUGGAGGGCUUGGAGCCCAGACAGCCCUUUGCCUAGCAGCCGCCAAUCCUGCUGAGAUCAUCCUUCUCGGGCGCUCCGAAGAGAAAGUCACCCCAGUCAUGAAGGAGAUCAGCAAGACCAGCCCCUCCACCAUUGUUCGGUUUAUCAAAAUCGACCUCAUGUCUUGUGCAUCGGUGCGCGCCGCGGCAGCAGAGAUUAAUGUGUCCGUCUCGAAGAUCGACGUCCUCAUUAAUAACGCAGGCAUUAUGGGUGUCAAAUUUUCUCUGACUGCUGAGAACGUGGAAAGCCAACUGGGUGCGAAUCACAUUGGUCAUUUCCUGCUCACGAACCUCCUUGUUCCGAAACUUGAAGCUUCUGGUGGUGGCGCUCGGAUCGUGAAUGUAUCCAGUACCAUGUACCAGCUUAGUCCAGUUAUGUUCGACAACUACAACUUCUCCAACGGCAAGACCUACGACGCUUGGGUAGCUUACGGGCAGUCCAAGACAGCAAACAUUUUGUUCGCUGUUGCAUUGGCCGGAAAACUGGAGGAGAAGAAAAUAAAGUCCUAUUCAUUGCACCCGGGACUCGUACAGACAGCGGGUCUAUCCGAAGUAGAUCCAGCAGCAUGGCCAAUUGUGGGAUCCAUGUUUGAAAGCAAGAAGCUGGAGUUGCCGAAAGCAAAGGACAUGGAGCAGGGCUGCGCAACUACUCUCGCAGCGGCCCUGGACCCUGCGCUUGACAGUAAGUGUUUUAGUAUCGGCUGUGUACCAAGUAGAAAGUGGGCUAACUAGUUAACGAAGAUGAAUCAGGGUCAUUUCUUAGCGACUGUAAUCCAGAAAAGGUUUUGGAUUAUGCCUCUGACGUCUCCAAUGCAGAGAAAUUGUGGACUCUGAGUGAGGAAAUUGUCGGAGAAAAAUUCCGCUACUAAAACACCUCUUCUGUUUUGCUUCCAAGUGAUUUAACGUGGCUCCGAAUACAUUGCCUAACUUGCCUUCUUCGGUAACUAGCAAUGUUGAGGUGUAC